CGUCACAACUAGAGAGCCUUGGAUUCCGUCUUCAGUCAUGAACCGACUCUGCGAGAAUUGUCUCACAGCGAUCAUCAUUCUCACCGCCAUCGGUGUCGUUCAGCUUCACUUCAUUGUCCGCAACGGCCGCCUUAUCAAAGAUCCAUGUACAAGAAGUAUCGGCGUCCACUGGGUGCGAGACCCAAAGUCGUGUUCCGAGUACUACAUAUGCGUGACAGGACUCCCCGUCAAGAUGCCUCCUUGCCCCAAGAAGUACGUGUGGUCAGUGGCGGGCAGGAACUGUGUACCCGAGGUGUCGCACUGGAAUGACUGCCCAAUGGAUCUACUUAACCAGCAUCUGGAACAACAGGAACAGCAUAGAGCUAACGACGGGGCCGUCGCCUUCCACAACCCCAGCAAAACCAACUUCUCUGCAACAUCGGACAGGAUGGAUGCGCUGAUGAACCAGGCGGACCCCAAUGAAGUCCGCAUCAACAAAAUCAAAAGUGUGUUCCCGAACCACCCCUGUGUGUUCUCGCGGGAGGAGGUCCUGCUGCCGCAUCCCAAGAACUGCCACUGGUACUUCAACUGCUCGCUCAACGCCAGCUCUGAAGUCUGGGUCUACCAGGAGCCGCUCACCGAGGAAUGCCAGUACCCUCGUCUCUUCUCGCUCACUUCGAGAAAGUGCGAGAAAUAUGACACUGUUGAUUGUGGUUCAAGAAACAUCAAGAAAGAGCCAUGCGAAUACCGAAAGAAUAUGUGCACCAAGGCGCACUGUCGACCCUGCAACAUACGAUUCGGCAGCUGUGUUGGCAAGAAAAACGGCAACCACUCCUUCCCCCAGCGUGAGUGGACGCCCAGAUACAUCAUCUGCAAGGACGAGAGAACGGUCGACCAGCGCGACUGCGCAGACAAAACCCCAAUCUUCUCCCCAGCCAGCAAGCAUUGCGAAGCACUCCACAACAUCCCAAAGGAACAUGGUGGGCUUCAACCAGCAUGUACCGGCCGACACGACGGCUUUCAUCCGGACGAAACCGGCCGAUGUGAUUACUUCUUUGAAUGUCGCAACAACAAGUUCGUUGACUUCGCAACCUGUGGCAACGGUAGACUCUUUGAUCCACGCAAACGCCAAUGUAGUGACGACGCAGCCCCCCCUUGCGGCAACAAUAGUGCCCUACUCUGCAGAGACCACCAAGACGGCAUGUACGCCGAUGCCUACGGCCGAUGUCCCAUGUACUACCAUUGUAAAGGCGAGCGACUUUUGGGAUACCUCAAGUGCCCGUUUGGUUCCUUCAGCCCCAAGACAGGUCAGUGCGAGAUGUCCGAAGACCUCCCGGCUCCAUGUGGCAAACAGGAAAACCUCUGCUUCAAGAAACCCGACGGUGCUUAUCCCGAUCUGAAAAAAAAUUGUAUGUCAUACUUCCGCUGCAGCCGGAACUUCACAAUUCUUAUGAAGACAUGCGCAGUUGGCUUUGUGUUCAAUCAUGUGACAGGGAAAUGCGACGACGUUAACAACACACCACCUCCCUGUGGCAUGGCUCCCAGCUGCUUCGGCCGGAAGGACGGACGCUACCCCUCCCCUCUCAAAGGAUGCCAGUACUUCUACAAGUGCAGUGAUGGUCUGUUCCGGGGAUACGAGAAGUGUUCUCUGGCGACAGGAGGGUUCUACUUUAACCAAUAUUCGCAGAAAUGUGACUUCCCCAAAAACAUAUGUGGUCCGUGUGGAUUCAAGAAAAUAGAUUGCAGCGGUGGCAAUAGAUUCUCAGUAUAAUAAUAUGAGAAGAUGGUUUGGCCGAGUGCAGUGUGCACGAGGAAUUGAUGCGAACAACAAAGACAAUCUUCUUCUUGUAGAAGCACGUGACAUAAUCAAAAGAAUGUUGCAUUGAUUCAAUUCUUCAACUUCAUAUGUACUGCCUCGUUCCUCUCUGGCCAGUCACAAGUCACCACAUCUUGGAAACGCCUUUGAAACCUCAGCAUCACGUGAUAGGGAUGCUCGGCAGCUUCUCCCAUACCUCAAGACGCCAGUAUCCUGCUGUCAUAUCGAUUGUCUUGUCAAACCAAUUUCAUUGUAAUUUAGGUGUUGGACAAGGUUGCGUUUUAAGCCCCUCCCUAUUUCAAUUAUUCAUUUAUGAAUUGCACACACAAUGGAACAAGAGCAGUUUACUUGAGUAAGCCAUUAUAUAGAAAUAGAAAUAGAAACUCGUAGAAAAUGCAACAUCCCCAGUAAAGAAAGAUUUUGCAGACUCUGUCAAUUUGGCCUAAUAGAAGACAAGUUUCAUUUCCUGCUAGUGUGCCCUGCAUAUACUCACCUACGCCAUCUCUAUAUUCCUUCAAAAUGCUAGAUUCACCCAAAUGUCCAUAUGUGUAAUAUAUCUUUAUCUAUUAUGAAUACAAAGCUCAUGAUAAGUAUCGCGAAAUACCUGUAUUACAGUAAAGAAGAAAAGAACAGGUAUUUCAUCACUGUGACUGUCGAUGUAAAUAUGUCAUACAUGUUGUACAAAGAGCCUGCGUCCUGUAUAGUACUGACUAAAAAUUAGAAUGAGAUACGUCUUCGAUAAACGUAUGUCUGUGUGUGACAGUAUGUUCGUGUGACUGUGUGUGUGUGUGUGAGUGUGUGUGUGUGUGUGUGUGUGUGUGUGUGUGUGUGUGUGUGUGUGUGUGUGUGUGUGUGAGAGAGAUUGUGUGUGAGAUUGUGUGUACUUCAUCAAAUGUGUGUUCAGUCACGUGUUUGUCAUAUGACUCCAGCGAGUCUAUAACCCACCAUGUUGUAUUCAUCCAUUGUACACAGGUGUAAAUAUUUAUGUAUAUACAACACUGAUCAGUUUGUAAAUAUGUGUAAAUA